AUGGAGAACAACGAAAGUAACCACACCAGUUACUACCAAAGCGUAACGUCGAACAGCAACACGAUUAACAUUUUUUAUGAAGAUUUAAAGCAAGAGCAAAAUAAGAGUGACAAACUAAAAUCACAUGAGUGGAAAAAUGACAAGCAUGUAAGUGGAAAGAGGUCCAAAAAAGGAUACCAUUCGAAUCUUGGGUUCUUUCACCAUAAAAGGAAUAAAGCUGGUGAAAAGGAAAACAGGCAAUUUAUAGAAAAUGAAAAAAUUGGUAAUAACUACUCCCAACGGGACUUAAAAAAAAAAGGUAACCUUCUUCUACAGAGUGCAAAAGGUUGUGCAGACAAGUCCAAGGAGAACUUGCUCAUAGGUGCAUCGCUGGGAGGCAUCAACACAGAUGGUAAUAACAAAUUGGGGCAUCAUGUGCGAAGCUCCAAUGGAAAUGUUGGGCCCACUAUUCAGGGGUUUGCCCUUAACGUUGGGAAUGUGAACCCCACGAAGCAGGCGCACAACCAGGGUGGUUAUGGCAAAGGUGAUAAGCGGGCCCUCCACGAGAGCAAUCAUAACAACAAUAGCGGCCAUGUGGAGGCAGUGAGACUCACCAAAGAAUUGCUCGACGAUCUGAAUAAGAGAAACAAAAUUCUCGGUGACGACAGUGAAGAAGAUGGGGACCAUGACAACCAGAACUUCCUCAUCUAUGUGAAGAAAAGGAUUGAGCAGAAGAAGGAGGAGGAGAAGCGUGAGAAAAGGGCUGAGAGGAGUGGAAGGGUAGGCAGGAAGGCAGGUAGGAAGACAGGCGGGAAGAUAAUCGGCAGAGUGAGCAGGAAGAUAGUAGGUGGCCAGGCAGGCGGUCAGCGGGAGGGGGACUACCUUGGCGCCCCCGACAGCAUCCCUUCAGGUUUCCCCCAAAGUGCAGAUCAUGUCAAAGACCCAAGUGGUACCCGCGUGGAUGAAAUUAUGGGAGGAAACGACACAGAAGGGAACCCAAAAGAGGACUUGGAAACUCCCCCAAACGGGUGCGCCAAUGGAUGCGCGAAGGGAGUGGCUCCUCGAAGUGACAACUACAAUGAUGAUACCAAGGGGACGAGUAACGGCAACGGAGAAAAUUAUAAUCAGAUAGAAACAUACAAAACUAUGGACGACAGUAGCUCCCUCUUUAGUGAUGAAUCGACCAAGGUGUAUGUCAAUAGGAAGAAUAACGUUCAAUUUAAUAUGUGUGAAAAUCCUUGUGAUAUGUGGUAUGGGUUGAGAAAGAGGAAUGGCAAGCGCAUUUUUAUUAGCAGUCAGGGUGUGAAUGGUAAAAAGAAUAAAAACAAGGGGGGAAAUGCUAGGAGUGGUAAAACGAGGAGUGCAACUGGUAGAAGUGGUCACGUUUGGAAUGCCAAUGGGAGAAGCGACAUGGUCAGGAAUUCCAAAAAGAGUGGCACUGGCAUUGACAAUGACAUUAUCAAUGGCAUUAUGAGUGGCAAUGGAAACAACACGAAUGUGAAGGUCAAGUCCAAGAACGUAGAAAGGUACUACAUAAGCAAGAAGAAGGGAAGAAGCAGCAGUUUGGCCAAGCUAAGUCGAGACAAACCUAAAGGAAAAAAGAGCUCCAAGGGCAAUAUCAGAUAUGUUAAGUACAGUGCAGAGUGGAGCUCCAGUUACUACUCCAACGUAAUAAACAGCAAUGAUGGAAACCUCUCCGAUAAUACCAUUGCGACGAUGCACAUUGAUGGCAAUUGCAAAUAUAAUGAGGAGAGCAACGAGUAUAGAAGUAGCAAAGGGAAUAAUCACAUGUAUAAUUCCGCCACUUAUAGCGGUAACAGUAAAAAAGGACAUGGGAAAAAUGGACAAAACAAUAUUUUGCAGUUCAAUAAAAUGGGCGGUGGAAACAAUUUUAUCAUUUCGCGUAAUGACCAUCAUCAGCUAGCUAAAAAGUCUUCAAAAAAAAAAAGUAAAAAAAAUAUUAUGACCUGGUCAGGUAGAAAUAAAAAUUAUGAGAACAAACACAGAGUGCAUUUUGCUCCGAUGAAAGGUUCUAACAAGAACAUUUACUACGACAACGGGGCCUCCAAAAAUAGGAUUAGAGUGGGAUCCCUGGGGUAUUUGAGCGACGGUGGUGGCAAAGGUGCAUCACAUACAACAGCAGCUGUGACUGCUGCGAUAGAUGCGGAAGCUUCUUCCGUCGCUGCACCCAACACUGGUGAUGAACUCGACUGGGAUGAUCACAUCGACGGAGCUAAUAACAACGCGGAGGCAGAUGUAGCCCCAACAGGUCACGAGCCAAACGCGGGAGCAAACAGUAGCAUGGAGAGUAAUGAUGAUAGCGCUGAGGGGGAUGUUAAGUACCCCAGCGAAGACAACGCACAUGUUUGCGAUCCAACGAACAGCGACAGUAACCAUUUAAAAACUUACUCAUUUUCAAUGCACAACGGGCUGAUGAAGAGGAAGGAGAAUAUCUCUCGUGACGCCAGCGUAACAGCAGAUUAUAAAGGUACCACACCAAAUGGUAGUAUCCCUUCUUUCCCCUGCGCUGCCCCCAUACGACAGGACAAUAACGAAAAUAUUGCACCUACUUAUGAAAAAAAUUAUUUCAAGUCAUCCUGUGUGAAUCACGGAAGCGAAUUUCGCGCUGAGGUCAAACCCGGUGUGGACAAUGCGUGUGGUGCAAACCAACAUAAGGGAGUUGUGGUGCACGGGUCAUAUCAUCAGAGCGGUAAAAAUGGAGGCAAAAGAAUGAAUACACAUAAGACGCACAAAAUAAAUAACUACAGCAACCACAGUUACAAUGUUGGUAGCUCGUCAUACAACCGCGCAUUGGGCAAUAAGGACAAUGAGGGGAACUACGUGGCUCAUGCGUUACCUCCUGAUGGUGCCGCUGUACCAACGGCUCGCAUUGAAACAAGUGAGUACUACGCUAGGAACAAGGGGAAGGAUUAUGUUGGUGCACCCAACUUUUACUACCAGCAUGGUGGAAAGAACGGGGGGUCCAGUUACCACAGCCAUGCGAACAGCAACAAACCAUUUGACAUUAUUAAGGACGAGACACUUAUCGUGGCGGAGAGCAGAGAUAAAAUAAUUUCCCCCGACAUAGCCUACACGGGCGAGCAAAACAGAAAGUACAAAAAUUACUACUACAACAAUGCCAAGUUUGACUUGUCUUAUGAAAUUGAAGACGACGUACGGAAGCGGAAGAAAAAAAAGUGGACCGCCAACAGCAGUGGCAGCAAUGGAAAUGCAAACGCAAACAGCAGUCAUGGUGGCGCCCCCUUUGCCAGCAAGUCAGCCUUUAAGACCGCCAGGGAAAGGGUGCAGUCCAUAUUGGCCAAGCGGAGGGGCGUGGACUUCUGA